UCCGCCACCUCAUUCUCCCUCCGCCGCCAGCUUGUUCCUCACGCUCGAUUGCAGUCUAACUUAGUUGAUACAAAGGCAACAAUAGAACAGUCUGAAAUCAUCUUUUUAGGCACAGGAACAAGUGAAGGCAUUCCUCGAGUGAGCUGCCUCACUCAUCCCACAAAAACAUGUGUGGUUUGCUCAAAGGCAGCUGAACCAGGCAAUAAAAAUAGAAGACGUAACACAAGCAUCCUUGUCCGCUAUGCCAACUCUCUAGGAAGAUAUAACAUUCUUAUAGAUGCUGGCAAAUUUUUCUACCAUAGUGCUCUUCAGUGGUUCCCCACUUUUGGGUUGAGAACAAUUGAUGCAGUCAUUAUUACCCAUUCCCAUGCUGAUGCAAUUGGAGGUCUUGAUGACCUUCGUGAUUGGACAAACAAUAUCCAGCCACACAUUCCAAUUUAUAUGGCAGAACGAGAUUUUGAGGUGAUGAAGAAGACGCAUUACUACCUAGUGGACACAAGUGUAGUUCUACCUGGUGCUGCUGUCUCAGCAUUGCAAUUUAAUAUAAUCAAAGAGGAACCAUUUAUCGUCCAUGAUCUUAAGAUAACUCCUCUGCCUGUUUGGCAUGGCAAAGGUUACCGUUCUCUUGGUUUUCGGUUUGGUAAAAUAUGUUAUAUUAGUGAUGUUAGUGAUAUACCAGAAGAAACUUAUGUGCUCCUCAAAGACUGUGAACUCCUUAUAAUGGAUGCACUGCGACCUGAUCGUUCUUCAUCAACACAUUUUGGACUCCCACGGGCUUUGGAGGAAGUUCGAAAAAUUCAACCAAGGAGAACACUUUUUACUGGUAUGAUGCAUCUGAUGGACCAUGAUAAAGUGAACGAGGAUCUUUCUAAGUUAAAGGAAACAGAGGGUCUUGAUAUCCAACUGAGCUAUGAUGGCCUUCAUGUACCAGUGAGCCUAUAGAUGUCAUUUACAUUCUUGAGUUUUGGCAAUUAUUUUCUUUUUCUCAAGAUUCAUGUUCAUAAAUCUCAAGUACGAGAUAUAAACACCUUACAUUUGUGGGACUGAGCAAUCUAUCUCCACUAUUUUUGAAGAUACUACAACAAAUAAAUUGGGGGAAAAGAAUCUUUUUUUAGGCGUGCACCA